UUUGUGGCUUAGCUUUGACGUCUGCAUCAGGAGUGAUUACCUCCCCUAGCUAUCCAAAUCCUUACCAACAUAAUCGCGUGUGUGAGUGGACUAUAACCGCAGCAAACGGAAACCAGAUAUUGCUCAACAUUACUGAUCUGGAUUUUUCAUUUUUUACACACUGCCAUAAUGAAUUUUUGGAGAUCAGAAAUGGAGAUUCUGAAACUGCCCCACUGAUGCAAACAUUUUGUUUCAAUUAUCCUAAUUUACAAACUGCUCCACAAGCCCUCCAGUCUCACAGUAAUAAGCUUUAUUUGAAGUUCAGAUCAAAUUAUUAUACUACAGGCCGAGGUUUCCGCUUGGAGUACUCAAGUGCUACAUCAGGUUGCGGGGGAGACCUCACUACACCCACAGGAGGCAUCAUCUCACCAAACUACCCCCAGCCCUUCACACACAGUGCAACAUGCUACUGGACAAUAACUGUGUCUCAGGGCAGCUCAAUUACCCUCUACUUUGUAGACCUUCAGAUUUCCGCCUACAGUUACUGCAGGUCAGACUUUCUAGAGAUAAAAGAAGAAAGUCGUUCGGGGACAUCUCUUGGCAAAUUUUGUGGCAGUGGUGUUCGUCAGCCAGUCAUCUCAAAGUCCAACCGCGUGUGGCUAAUGUGGAAAACUGACGGCCUCACUGUCCAAAGAGGAUUCAGGCUUCAGUAUCAAAUAAACUGCAAUAGACAUCUGACAGGCAUCGGUGGAGUUAUAGAGAGCCCUAACUUCCCCAACACUUACCCUCAUCACACAAACUGUACCUGGAUCAUUGAAGCCCCAGCGGGGAACAGAAUCAAUGUCUCAUUUGCUGCUUUCAGAUUGGAAGAUGAAGAUCCUAAAAACUGUCAUUAUGACAUUUUAGAGAUAAGAGAUGGAGGUGACUCAAAUGCUAGAGAGAUGAAAAAGUUGUGUGGCGGCAACUUUCCUGAUCCUGUGCAGUCGACAGGCAACCAUUUGUGGCUGAACUUCAAGGCAGAUCAUAUUAUUGCUCAUCAGGGCUUCAGGCUUGAAUGGGUGGUUGAUGGAUGUGGUGGACACCUCUCUGGCAGCAGUGGAACAAUCACAAGUCCCAACGACCCACACCUAAACUCACAGCGUGCAGUGGAAUGUCAGUGGACUAUUACUGUGGACACGGGAAAAUCUAUUCAAGUGACAGUUAACACAUUUGAUCUGGGAAGCUAUGUAGACUGCCAGAAUGGGUUUUUGAAG